GAUUACAUUAGGUUAACAAAAGUGAGCUUCAUUGACUCCGUCUUAUUUUAUGGAGAUAACAACAGAUGAAAUGAUACGAUCGUUGCGAAAAAAACAGUCUUGAUUGUCAAUUGGUUGUGAUGCACUGGAUAUGUCGUAUUUGAUGCAGAGAGGAUGGGUUGCGUCAACAGUCGGGCAGACAUCAAUGAUCUCCAUCCAAACAUAUUCCAAGUGAUGAAUGUCGAUGACUUAGGGAAUCUCAUAACACCCGGUAGACUAGAAGUUACGGAAUCUGAAAUUGUACUUUAUCAGCGUGGCCGACAAGCCGUCAAAUGGCCGUUGAGAUGCCUUAGACGCUAUGGAUAUGAUUCUGAGAUAUUUACAUUUGAAUCGGGACGAAGAUGCUCCACUGGACCUGGUAUUUACGCAUUCAAGUGCCGACGAGCUGAUCAGCUGUUUAAUCUCGUCCAAACUAAUAUUCAGGAUUGCAACAACAGCGGAGAGGACGCAAUAUCCCGUGACUUAACAAUGCCCCUGCAUACCGGUCCAACGAUAACCCGAAUGACAAUACCAAGCGAGCCAAAUUACCUCGAUCCCACGCCAAUACGUUCAAACUCCCGAGUCAGCAUGUCAACACGUUUUCCACACAGCCAGCAAAAUGGUUUUGGUCGUCUAGGAAGUGUUGGUAGCAGCAGUGGUCCAAUAUCCCCACAGGGUACAAUGGGUUCACCCUCCCCACCCCCAUUGUCUCCAAUGACACUGCCACCACCGCCCCCACCCCCAGCAACAACAACGUCUCAAUCCCUGAAACUGUCCAUGUCGCACCCUCCGAGCCAAUCGGCUCUCUAUGUCAACGAGGAGGUUUUAUCAGCCAUCACGCUGGAACUCGAGCACAAUAACAACAAGAGUCGCAGAAGAACAAUGCAAAGGUCCUACACAAUGAGCAGCACAACCUCCAGCACGGGAUUGAUAUCAGAAUCAAUUGGUGUAAAUCAAUCUACCCAGGAGUGCCCUCGCAAUCGGCCUCCACCCCUUCCAAGCGUAUCAUCCUACAUGAACAUAGACAUAAGCAGCGAUGCCAGUCCACUGUCACCAUCACACAGUAUGUCCAUAUCAACGCCACUGAAGGAGGACACUUGUGAAAUUGAUACUGGGAACGUGAGUCAUGCCUACAUGAACAUCAACCCAGGUGUCGAUAAUGUUGCGGAAUCUCUACAAAUCAACAGUUUGACCAACAGGUCAAGACCACCGACUCUUCCAGCGUUGUCAACCCCCACUCACCUCGCUUCACAAAUUGAAAACUAUCCCUGGGACGAUCGUGAUGCUCGUCACUGCUACGAAAAUCUCGAGCCAGGUGAAAUCGAAAGCUUGCGCAUGAGGAUAUCAGUUAAUUCCGACAAGUUCUCAUUACCACCGACAACUCCAUCCGGGGAAGUUACAAAAGAAGUUAACUAUGCCGUCCUGGAUCUCGAUAAGAAUAAUGUCUCGGUCACGGUUACUGGGGACAAUGCAAGUGGCAGCGUUGCUCUACCUUCGCCACCCGAAUCGCCCAGCAAAAUGGGAAAGGGUUACGCUACCAUUGACUUUAACAAGACAGCCGCCCUGUCACAUUCUGUCAAUCCUAAUGGGGUUAAUGACAAUGAAGGAUCAAGAAAGACGAGGCAUAAUUCGACGAUCAACGAUCUUGCUUCACCGCGGCAGAGCUCAUCGAUCAGUGAGUGAAUUAAAAAUUGUUUGAUUUUUUUUUUAACUCUAGAUGAGGUGGAUCUCAAUUCCAUUAAUGGGAUUAUCAAUAAUUUUUGAUUUGUGUUGAGAGAAUUUUCCACGAAAUGCGAACUAUUUUGCCUAAAAGAUGAUUUCGGCAGUCUAUAAACUAUUUUGUUUUCUUACGAAAGCAGAAGGUAUUGGGGUUCCUGAAAAAUUAAAUAAAUGAGGGAUCACGGCCUCCUGAAUCGUUAGACAUUAAAUGCGACUUGGUUGAUUCUGCAUUUAGGGGUGAUGGUAAUGCAUGUGCCUGUAGUACUCCGGUACAAUUCAAUGUUUUCUCUCACAUUCGCGGGGAUUAUUAUGGGGGAGAUUAAUGUAAAGUACAUUUUGGAUGAGAUUUUAUACUACGAGGCCUAUCUGUGUAGAGAUUAUUAUGGGCCAUGGGUUCUGGCUUGUUAUAAUUAAUAGCUUUUAGUGUUGAUUGUAUCGAGGAAUCCGUGGGGGAUGGUUUUAGGAGCGGAUGGACUGUUAAAUCGAUUAUGCGGGGAGAGAACAAUUCUGAAAGAAAAAUCAAGUCAAAGCAAAUGUCCAAUCCAGCUAUCAAAAGCUCCUCACAUUCGUUUCUUAGAACAAUUCAUAAUAAAAUUAUCUGUAAUUGAGAAAAUCUCUUAAAUGAUUCUUCUUCUUCUGAUUUUUCUCUCCAGCAACAGAAAACAGACAAUGCCCCUGUAAUCGCAUAUAACUGAAGAAAAAAUCUCGUGUAUAGAUGUUAAAAUGACUAUUGAUGAAAAUUAUAAACGGAAAAGCUAAAUGUAGGUCAUAGGUCACUGCGUAUGAGCUUUAAUGUACAACUGAUAUUAAAUAAUAAAUAUAAACAAGUUGCCAAACUUCAGAUAUGUAAAGAAUCGUUUUAAAUUGAGACUGUUGAUUGACAGAUGCCAAAGAACUAUCGAAAGCUCGAAAAAUGACAAAUUCAUACUGAUACGGAGGAAUUUUUAAACGAUAUAAAUUAUUAAUUAGUGUUAUACAUCGAUGGAAAGUAUAUGAGAAAAAUUGAGCUGUCUAUGUAGAUCUCUUAUUUUGCGAAUUGUUUUUUUCCACUCAGUUGUCAAUUUUCAUCCAUCAAUGCACGAAACAGCGAUCGAUUCGUCUGACCAUGACGAUCAGUUAAUUUUUUAAAUCAGGAAAGAGAUAAUUUUGACAUUUUGAAGAUCAUUGCUCAGCAACUGGGCUCAGGCCUGAAGAACGAAGCUAACGAAUUUCGUAAAGUAAAUGUAACGAUGCAUCGACGAGAAAUACCCUCACCAUAAUAUAUUUUAAAAAAAGUACAUUUUUUGUAAAAGAUUUUGACAAGUCGUUAGGAAACUAGAAGCACAGGAAUAAAAAUACUCAUUAAUCAUUAAGAAAAGAACUCCUCGUGAUUUAAUGAGGUUGUGGAGUAUAUCAACAACGAAUACAGAAUUACGAUAUUUUCACGAAAAUUCACAAAAACACUAAAAUUCUUUUAAUUUUCACAACAUACGAAUAUAUACUUGUUUUCAUCGUUCUUGACAUGUUCCACACUCUCUCGAGUAUCACAACCAUGACAGUAUUAAUGUCAAAGAAAAAUUCAUAAUAAACUAGUCUAUCUGCCUUAUACAUAGUGGAAUCGAAACGACGAUGAUGGCUCAAUGAUUUGGAACAUAAAAGAAAUCACUAUCAUUUAUUUUUCAUUACUACAUAUUAAGAGUAAUAUUUGGAUAGAAAGGGCAAUAUAUAUUGUACAGAAGAAGUUGCAAAUAUUUGUUUAAGUGUACAGCGGCAAAUCGAUGUGAAAGGAAUUUGGUGAAUGUGACGACGUCGAGAUAAUGUCGAGAGAAUAAAAAUAAAAAUUUGUAAAUAUU